CCCCUCUUCCCGUUUCGCCGCCCGCGUGUCGGUUCCGGCGAUGAACCCCCUCCCCCGUCCCCCCGUCCGGUAAGCCAUGACACCACUCAGCGGCAUCCACUGGCUGAGCGUACUUGUCGGGCGUGGGGUGGUGGCUUCGGUGGGCUGGUUCUGGGCAGCAAGUAGAACAAUAUCACAGGGCGCGUUGACGAUGGCCUCAUUAUUUCAAACACCGCCCAGAGAUAGAUCAUAUCAGGGUCGUAGAGGAGCAAGGCGGCAAGAGCAGCGGUCAAGUGACGCCGAACCACCUCAAGACUCACACGGGCUCACACGGGCUCACUCGGGCUCACACUCGCUCAUACGGGCUCCGUGGUUGCCGGCCAGGACGAAUGGCAGUGGGCGAGAUGCGGUGCCUCGGAUGCCACAUGAGGGAGUCCCUUGCCCGGUAGAAGGCCCCCAGAGAUGGUGGAGGAGCCCAUGCUUGGCAUCUACAACACCCACCAUACAUUGGUAUCAGGCAGGUCGGGUGGUGAGGAAUCUGUACAUGGUACCUUGUGCAUAUCUGGCAAUCUAGCUCAUCGGGAGUGGAGGUGGAGUUCAGUCAUGCCGGCGCUGCUACCGCAUACUCCCACACAGACACUCGAUUUCUGUACCUACUGUUACCACGGAAGUGGUCAUAGAUGUCGCCGUCUCAUCUGAUGCCGUCUGCCGCGGCCACCGCUAGUAUUGAAGGUGAAGAUCACGAUGGUGAUG